UUAACACUUUUGAUUCGAACUCAUCGCAUCGUGCGAUAAUAUCCAUUAAGCUCUUUUCAUACAAAAAUUGUUCUUAUGAGGUUGAUUGAGCUACGUGAUUCAACACAGGGAGUCCUAAAUAAAAUGAGAGUGGUUGUAUCUCUUGUGAUCUUGGCAUUUUGGACCUGCUACUUCAUGUACGACAUGGCGGACAAAGAAAAGUCGUGUGUGAAUGUGACCAGCAGCAUGUACUGCCCUAAGAACUUGAUGGUUGCCCAAGGAGAAGUGAACUAUUAUCACACCAUCGCCAUCAGCAGUCUUGCCUUUUGUUUCAUGAUAACUUUGCAUUUGGUUUUCUCCAUACUGAACCAUCAAGAGCUCAGUAUGCUUAUGAUGAUGACCACAAGUAUUUUGAUAGCUUUAUUCGCAUUUUCACAUUGGGGAGUUGAGAAUUUCAUGUUUCAUUGCUUGGGGUUCUUAAUUGGAGUGUAUGGCGCUAAUUUCUUUAUCUUAAUUCACCUACUCUACAUUUAUUGGCAAAAUAAACAUCUGAGAAAGACUAGAAGCGUGGAUACAGUCGAUGCAGAGGAUGGCGAUGAUGGAAUCUCGGACACUAUCGAGUUGAGGAACAAUCAGCCUGGGUAUUUCUUCGAUAUAAAUACAAGAACUCAUAUUUUGAAUUUCGACAUUAAUUAAUAAAAACUAAUAUUCGUAGCAU